CAGGCAAGACGACAGGCACGGGAUUGGACCAACAAGCAUAGAACGAGUGACAGAUCUGUGCUCAUGAAAAAUUUCAAUGCAUUUGUAGCGGAGAAAGUCUUGAAAAUACUAUGAGCCUGGACUGACUUCGAGACAGGAGCCUGGAGGAUGUCGAUUGAGACAGAGGCUUUGCUGCAGGAAGCGAAGGAGAGCAUCGAGGCAGCACAGAACUACAGGACUGAACUGCAGCAACGGCUACAUGGACUCAGCCAGGCCCGCAAACAGGUGCGCGGCAGCGCCAGCCAGACGCGGGAGGCGCUGAAGCGGCACUUCCAGGACCUGCAGGCGAUGGUGACGCGGCUGCUGGGCGAGCGGCUGGCGGCGCUGCUGCAGGAGGUGGACGCCAUCGAGCAGGACAGCGUGCGGCCGCUCGACGACUGCCAGAAGCUCAUCGAGCAGGGCGUCAGCACCGCCGACGAGCUGCUGAAGGAAGGCGAGGCUGCCAUUCGCUGUGGCAUAGCGGGGGAGGACGACAUGCUGGGCAGAUUCACCAAGAAGGCUCUGCAGAUCCAGCUGGACAGUCUCCCCGAGGUGCCGGUCCUGGUGGAUGUCCCCUGCCUGUCUGCGCAGCUGGACGACUCGCUGCUGCAGACGGUGCGGGAGCGCGUGGCGAGGCACGGCAGUGUCGCCUCCCACCCUCCCGUGCAGAUCGAGGAGCUGGUGGAGCGUCCCGGCAGCAUGCUGGUGCGCUGGUGCAAGGUGGACGAUGAUUUCGCGGUGCAGGACUACCGGCUGCAGUUCCGCCGCAGCCCCUCCUCCCAGUACGAGGACGCCUACAUCGGCAAGGAAACGGAUUACCUGGUGCUGCACCUGGACCCCCACACCGACCACCAGUUCCGCGUGUGCGCCAGGGGCGAGGGGCGCACCGAGUGGAGCCCCUGGAGCGUCCCGCAAACCGGCUACACCACGCUAGCUCCCCACGAGUGGUGUCCUGGCACUGACGGCUACAUCCUGAGCAGCCGGAGGAACAUCGCUAUGCGCAGUGACUCCUCCCCUUCCAACGCUGGCGUCCUGUACUCCAACUCCGCCACCUACUUCUGCGGGCAGACCCUCACGUUCAAGUUCACUGCAGCCGGUCAGGGGGACAGGUGGGACAGCGUUGGGGUGUGUGUGGACAACCAGAGCGGGGCGGAGUCUCUGCAGCGGGACAAGGCCGUCUGCAUCUCCACCAACGGUGCUGUGUUUGUGAAUGGGAAAGAGAUGACCAACCAGCUACCGGCCAUCACCACCGGCUCCACUGUGACCUUUGACAUGGAAGUGGUCAACCUCUUCCCUGUCAGCAACAACCUCGGCGACGGGGGCAACUUCAAGCUGAGGGUGACCAUUGGCUCAGGGAACCGGGAGGUGGUGUUUGAUUGGCUGCUGGAUCAGAGUGUGGACUGCCUGUUCUUCGGCUGCUCCUUCACCUACCCCAACUGGAAGGUUCUGGUGUUCUGAUUCCCCCCCUCCCGCCCCGAAUCUCCAGCGUCGCUCGACUCGACACAACGGGACGGGACGGGCAGGAAGAGGAAGAUCACAAAGCGUCAAGAACAACGUGCUUUUAAUUUCCCCCAAGCGUCGGGGCGAACAGCGACGAGCCGCUACGUUUACAGAUUUAACUCCGCAGAAGAACGUUGAUGCUUGGUCAGCAGGCUGUUUACCUGAGCCCAGUAGCUCAUUAUUAGCACAGCACCUGCUCGCCUGCAAACAAUCUUGCUUUUUUUUUGGGGUGGGGGUGGGUGGGGGGUGGGGGUGGAUUAUGAACCUGAGAACGCCCAGAGCCACAUUUCCAUAGCAACAGGCUGAGGCUCAAGAGAGGUUACUAGCUCGGAGCCUCCAAUCAGGACGGGUGAGUAAGGGUUUGCAGUACUGCUAUUUUUAUCUGGUUUACUCUUUUUUUGGGGGGGGGGGGGGAAGAGUUGUUUUUUUGUGUUCCUUUUUAAAAAUUUUUUUUUACAAAAAUAGUAGUAGUUUGUUGUUUACUUUUUUGCAAUCUCUUGCUGAGACAAUCUUAACAGUAUUUACAAAUGUUUUAACUCCCCUCCCAAUUCAGACACUGAAUGGCAAAGUACCAUCACAGAACUGGGUCCCUAAGAUGAACCUCAAGUUCUGAAAAUACUCCUUUAGAUCCCUGAGGAAUUUCGGUGAAACUCGGUACUGACGAAAGUGUACAAUGUUUUUAUUUCUCAUUUGGGUAAAUGUCUUAAGACGGUUGGUAAUUUGCAGGACGUUACUGGUGUCUAAAAGGGUUCGGUAUUUGAAAUCGUUCUGAUGCUACUGCACUGCUCCUUGUUAAAACAUUUCCUCAUGAGCUUCACGAUCAACUGCCAAGAACAGGUGUACAUAUAUCCAAUUUAACCUGGUGCGGUUUAGUAGGUUUCAACCACGUCUUUAAAAUCGUUGCCACAGUGUACAUACUUACUCUAGUUAAAUGCUGUGAACAGGGUGUACUUCUUCUGAGAUGAGUUUUAUUCUACCAUCAAAGCUUGAAUGGGGAGGGGGGGGGAUUGUUGAAUUGGCUAUGGAAAAAAAAAUCAAGCAGAACUUAUGAAUGAUUAAACAGCCUAAGCAGACAAACAAACAAAAAAAAAGAAA